GGAAACACGUUGAAGACUGGCUCUUUGAAGUUUUAACAUAGAAGAUAAUUUGGUUGCAGUCAGAGAGCCACUUUAAACAGCCAGGAGGAAGGGGUUGGGUGGAGAGAGGCCGCUUUAAGAAAAGCCGGGAGGCGGGAGCUGUCCCCGGACCCGGUGCUGAAAUGAGCUGCCGCUCGAAGUGAGGCCUCAUGCAUAGCGUAGUUCAGGAGGCCGAGGCUGGAUAUGUUUGGGACUGAGAAGCCGGCAGAUUGGAUACCGAGUGAGAAACCGGAAUUAGUGAGAAACCGGAGAGAGGGAGCGCCAAAAACAGAAAAAAAUCAACACAACCGGCCCCGAGAUCCCGGAGAGAUGGACACGAGUUAAAGCCGGAGUAGAAUCGGAACAGGAGCAGACCCCAGCCAGAGCUGUCGCUCAAAUUCGGAUCGGCGCCGUUUUCUGAUCCCGGUGUAAACCGGAUGAAAUGACGAUGCGUUUAUUCCGAUUGCUCGAUACUGAUCCAAGUGGAUCUGAAAUCAACUUCACUUUAGCUCCGUGUUUGUGACUGCCAAAGCCCGGAAACUGCUUCUUGGCGAUUAUUUCUGAUCGCGGAGGAAAAUUGCAACAUUCACCAAGAAACCGAACCAUAUUUCAUCAUAUUCCCAUCCCCCAGGCCGGACACUAAGCCCCGCGGCUCGGUGGAGCCUGUGCCCCGGGCUCUGGAGGUCUAUUCCCCGGGGUCGGUGCAGCCUAAGCCCCGGACCCUGACCAGGGCUUGUUCUGUUGUUGAGCUGCACAUUGUUUGAUCACAACACACAGAUGUUGCGCCAAGUCCGGCUCAAGUGCCGCUGCCGCCUGUUGUUCAGUGACCUGAAGGGUUUUCUACUCCGGCGUCCCCCUCCUCCUCCUCCUCCUCCAGUGAUGAAUUACGACCAGAUCUCGCGGCCGAUCAACAGCCGGAUCCUCACCAACAACAACACACUGCUCCCGGCUGCGAAAGGGGGCAAGUGGCGGGCAGGCGAUGCUCCAGGGGAGGAGUGCCCUCAGGAACAGGAAUACGGGGCCUAUGAACAGCCCAUGCCCCUAAUGAGCCCAUCAGCCGAGGAAUCUUACCGAAGGAAAUGUGAGGACGGAGUGUCUCUAAGCAGCAGUAUUGCCAGUGGCUGUCGCUCUCCUCUGUGCCGUAUCUGUUUCCAGGGUUCUGAGCAGGGGGAUUUGCUGAGUCCGUGUCGCUGUGCUGGAUCUGUUCGUUGUACACACCAACCCUGCCUGAUAAAGUGGAUUAGUGAGCGGGGAUCCUGGAGUUGUGAGCUGUGUUACUACAAAUACCACGUCAUUGCCAUCAGUGCCAAGAAUCCUCUUCAGUGGCAGGCAAUAUCUCUGACGGUGAUUGAGAGAGUUCAAAUUGCAGCUGCAAUUCUCGGCUCCUUGUUCCUCAUUGCAAGCAUUUCCUGGCUCAUCUGGUCAACAAUCAGCCCAUCAGCAAAGUGGCAAAGGCAGGACUUACUCUUCCAGAUCUGCUAUGGAAUGUACGGAUUCAUGGACAUUGUCUGCAUUGGUUUGAUUAUUCAUGAGGGGCCAUCUGUAUAUCGUAUCUUUAAGCGUUGGCAAGCAGUUAACCAGCAAUGGAAAGUACUGAACUAUGAAAAGUCCAAGGAUUUGGAGGAUCAGAAAAGCAGCAUGAACCGUAACAGGAACUCACGGACCGAAAGGUCAUCUACAACACAUAACAGUUCCAGAGGCAACCAGCCAAUGGCAACCAUGUCCGAUCAUCACUGUGCAUACACUAUUCUACACAUUCUUAGCCAUCUGAGGUCUAAUGAACAGAGGCACCAACCAAAUGCGAACAGAGAACUGGUGAUGAGAGUGACCACAGUCUGAGGAAAUGAUUUGCUUUACGGAUACCUUGAUGAAGCAUCUUAACAUGGGAAAUGAUAGCACAGCAAGACUGAAGAGGUUGAGAUUGAGAAGCUGAUGGUAGUAGGACAACAUUGGGCAUCGUGAAUCUACCAGGUCUAUCAGUGAAAAUGGGUUACGACUAAGGCUGCAGAAUGGAAAUUAAUCCAGUUCAUAAAUCACAGUCACUGUAUAAUUUGAACUGCCUGUGAAAUGAGAUAAAAAUGGCCACAACUGUUAAAUAAUUCUUUCAGCAACGUCUUAUUCUUUCAUUCAGAACCGACUGCCAGGUGGAUUACUUAAUUGUGAUUCAGGCCUGAUAGUCUUGUUCAGCAGAUUGUUUUUAUCAUUACAAUAUUUCCAUUGCCAAGACUUGAUGACUGUACAAGACCAUUCACAACCUGGUGUUGUACUUGACUCUGGAUUGAACUACUGACCCAGGUUUAUCCCCACCAAACCAGCAAUUUAGAGCAUGGCAUCAGAGCUGGUUUUCACUCUUAUCUAAAUUCAUGUGCUGGUGUAAUUUUUAUCCAUGCCUUUGUUAUGUUUUGCCUGUUCUUGUUCCUAUGUAUAUAAUACA